AUGGCGGAGGAGAGCCAGGCGCCGCGCUACGUGAAGCUCACCCGGGACCAGGAGGCGCCCGCCGAGGACAUCUGCCCCGGCGAGCUCAACCAGCCCAUCAACGUCCCACGGCCCGGGUGCAGGAGGUGCGCCGAGUGCGGCCAGGUCCUACCGGAAUCCUACCAGCUGCCGGCCGACGAGCCCUGGAGCACCGGAAUCUUCGGAUGCACCGCCGACCCCGCGAGCUGUACGGGCCGCCUAGCGGAGCGGGAGGAUGGAGUGCAGAUGACCAUCGUCGACGCGCCUCCGGUGGAAGAGAUGGGCAUGCCAAGAGAAUCAUCGUGCUGCCUCUGA